AUGCACACAGCGGGGCACAUUAUUGAGGCAGGCGAGAAACACCUCAUCCUAAGUGCUUCAAGGAUGCCACUGGGAAAGAAAAACCGUCCCACCUCUGCUCAAGGCAAAAUCGAGACCCAGAAUGUACCCAGUAUUCUGACUGAGACUGAGCCGGUGCGUGGAGCCACUGGACACAGCCUGCUGAGGCAGACUGGACAGAGGCGUCUGAGUUGUGAGGUCCCCUAUACUGGAGGAUCUGAGCUGGGCGAUGAUCAUACAGAGAAAAGCCCAAACCCGGACUGGCUGGAGACAGAACUCCUGAGGCAAAAGUACAGACGACACUCUUUUGCUCUCGGAGACACAAAACUGACCACCCAACAGUACAACAUCAGAUACCCCACCUCCUCACUGUCUAAGCUGAAGAUUGAGCAGAGGGUGUCCCUUGAACAUCUCAAAAAGCUGAAACAGGCCUUUGAGGAUUUUGAAAAGGCUGGCACCAGAUCUCUCGGCCUCCCUCAGUUCAGGCUCAUCAUCAGGAAGUGUUUGGGUUUGCGUGACAUUAGUGAUGCUCAAAUUCACGAGCUCUUCAUGAAGAUCGAUUACUCUGGACAAGGCAGCGUUGAAUGGGAUGAGUUCUGCACAUAUAUGCAGCUGGAGUACACUGAAAAGGAGGAGUCAGUGAUCCGCAGCAAGCAGGCGGCCUUUGCGCUGCCGGCUAGUAUAAAGCCGCUGAGUCACGGAGAACCCAUUCUACGCAUCCACCCCACUCCUGAUGGGACGAUAGUGACCGUUAGAGAAGAUGGGACAGUGAACUACUGGAGCUCCAAACUUCAACUGAGGAAGAGCAAAAGUGUAUUUAAUGAAAGACCAAUUGGACGAACGCCAAAGUGGGCCACUGAUUUCACCAUCAUGCCUCAAUACAACAAGCUGAUCAUUGGAACGGGGGACAGAGAAAUCCAGCUGUACGAGCUCUCCUCGCUGGAGCCUUACUGUCAGCUAAACUCCCUGGAAACAGUGCCUCUGAAAUUAGACUACUGCUACACCGGCCCUGAUGAAUGCACUAUUGUGUAUGGUGAUGUUCAGGGCUGUGUGAACAUCAUACUAAUGACAUCGGUGGGGGAGACUCUGAGAUUGUGGAAGAAGUUACCAAAGGUCGAGAAUGUGCCCAGCAUUGGUAUCGAUCAUGCAGUCCAGUCUCCAAACAUGACUUACAUUAGAUGGAAGGUCCACCAAGACUGGGUAACAGAGGUGAAAUAUUUCAAAAGCAUUCCUGCCGUUGCCUCCACAUCGAACCACGAAGCCUCUGCCCUUGUUAUCGGCUGCAUACUUCCAUCCACCAACAUCGAGCAGCAGAUGAGGGAGAUUAAGGAGGUCUGCCGGGAGGGGAAGCCCAAAAAAGUGGCAUUUGGCCUCGGUAGCCCUCAGCAAAGAGCAGCCUGCGACCAGACUGUCUUUCCCAUUUAUAAAGGAGUCAUGACUUUUGACCUCUGUAAGACACAUAACCUGCUGGUCACUGGAGGGAUGGACAGGCUAAUACGCAUGUGGAAUCCUUAUGUUCCUGGGAGGCCUACGGGGAUUCUGAAAGGUCACUCAGCUCCCAUCUUCUACCUCCACAUCUCCACAGAGGACAGCCGCAUUUUCUCAGUCUCCACAGACAACACUGCUAGGAUAUGGGACAUCCAGGAUCAGGCGUGCCUUUUUGCUGCUCACCCAAAGGCCAGUCUUCUGCAUGGUGACCUCUCUGCCUGCCUGUACUCUUCAGCAGUCAAGGGACUCUACAUUGCCACUGAUUCGCUCGCACUGCUGUCCCUCAAAACCAAAGCAGAGCCACAGGGCUGCUACAUUAUGUCCCAUAAGGAGGCAGUGCUGUGCUGUGGUUACAGCGUGGAGUUUCGGCAGGUGGUGAGCUGCACCGAAGGCUCGGUGAUUAAAAUCUGGGACGUGGACACAGGAAAUCAAGUGUUUGAAUAUGGAGGUGCUCACGGACUCUCCGCCAUAACCUGUAUGACGUUUGACCCGAAAGGAAGAAGACUUGUCACAGGUGGUAGAGAUGGCUGCCUCAAGAUCUGGAACUUCAACAACGGCCACUGCCUGAAGACCCUCAGUCGAGAAAAUGGGGGUGCAGAGAUCUGCGACUGCUCCUAUCUGCAAGUGCACAGGAAUGCAUUCAUAAUUUCUGUCGGCUGGGACCGGAGGAUUGACGUUUACUUAGACUCCCCAGAGGAUACUCGCCAUGUUCAGAGGCCACAACCCUCAUGGCAGGAUGAUCUGAGGAAAGGACACAAAGAGGACAUCCUUUGUAUUGCCCAGUGUCCCCCCUAUCUGCUGGCCACCGGCAGCUAUGAUGGAGAGAUCAUUGUGUGGAAUCUGGUAUCAGGACACAUCCAGUGCCGCUUUCUCUCACCGCUGCCUCCACACUCUGAUGCUCAUCUUAUGGACAGAAGUGUGCUGAGUCUGGUCUUCUUAAGGACUCGAGCGUUAGAUGCUGCAAUCUCCUCUGCCGCUUCUCUCCUCUCUUCUGGGCCUCAAGGUCACGUCCAUUUCUGGAACGUGUUGAAUGGGGGGAAAUGUUUGACAUCUUUCAAAGCGUCUAGACUCCAGCAGCAGAUUACAAAGUUGGCAGUCACUCAGGACGAGCGCCUGCUGUUCGCCGCCGAUCAUGUAGGUUACAUCUAUGUUUAUGACAUCGAGCAGUGCGCCCUGACCCUCGAACAAAAGCCUCCCGAAACCGUGAACUUUUGGCGCGCACAUAUCAGCAGCAUAACUGGCUUGCAGAUCAUUGAGAAUGAUCAAGUUCUGCUCACCUCUUCCACGGACUGCACUGUGCGUCUGUGGAGCGUCCAUGGGGAGUUUAUAGGUACUUUUGGGCAGCCUGAGAGAUGGAGCCUCCACGCUGAAUCCUCCUGGAAGCACCCUGCCGUUCCUUAUGAAGUUCUUAUAGAUCCUCUGAGCAUGCCCUCCCACUGCACGCUGGAUGGGAAGAUGACGCUGUCAGAAGUUCUUAGCUCUGGCAGCAAUGGGGACACCAGAACUGAGUCAGAAUCCCCCAACAAGGUCAGACACCCACUGCCGAGCUUCUCAGACAGAGAGAUCGAGGAGGAGAUUAACAGCUCUUUUUAUCCUGAACAUGGGAAGUGGCUUCGCCAUGAAAUAUUCAAACAUGCUAACAAGACCCUGAACCAUGGGGGCCCCAAGGCCUACCACACUUUGAAGUACUUCGAUGUUGUUGAUGCUCCUACUACAUGCGAGAAGCCCGAUCUCUCCCUUGCAGGGAUCGAUCCCUUCAUAGCCAGCUCUGUGGAUGAGAAACCCUCCGGAAUAUAA